AUGACGGUACCCAGUCACAGCCAUCAUACAUCUUCAGUUGUGACCUGGAAUGCUACUGUCAGUAAUGGUUCAUGUAACAUUUAUCGUUGGCUGUAUUCAGAUGGCGAAAGAACACACAGUGUCUUUGGCACAGACAAGUUGACACUGGAGUUCAGCUUUCCAGCAUAUGUGAGAGUAACUGUUUCUGCAAUGAAUGAUAUCAGCUAUAUUGAGGCUAACAUGACUACCAUUGUGCAAUAUCCAAUCACUGCUGUUACUCUUACUGUGUCUCACACACCUGUGAAUAUGUCUACAACCAUCAUGUUGACUGUUGAGCCAGAACAAGGAUACAUGGUUAGUCUGAGGUAUGGAGAUGGAAAAAUCCUUACUGCCUCAUCCAAGGCACUCUCUCCUAAAACUGGAUGUGUCUCCUCUCCUUUACGGUGCUCUGUUUUCUCAUUCCAUCACAUGUAUCCUGCGAUUGCACAUUACAACAUUUGUGCAGUUGUCUCCAACUCUGUCAACACUGUAACAAAGACAGCACGCAUUAUUGUGGGAGAACCUAUCACAGGUGUACAGGUAACACUGAUGACACCUUGUCUGAUUAAACUAGGAGACUUCAUUAAUGCGACGGUGUCUGUGCAGUCUGGUAAGGAUGUGCAAUUCCACUGGCUAGUUUCCUCCCUAUACAGAAAUUACACCUCAUCUGGCAGCCUUAUAAGCAUUGCGACUGAAGUGCCAGGAUCGUAUUCCAUAUCUGUGAACAUUUCUAGCCCACUCUACAGUCACAUUGGGCCUUUUGUCAAGCAGUUGGCAAACAGAGUCAGCGUCUUUGCUCCAAUAACAGAUAUCAAGGCCACUUUUCCAUUUGGCAUUAACCACACUGCUCUCGAGUUGCGUGCAAAUGGUACUUAUGCUACAGAUUUGCUGAACUUCACUGCUCAUGCCUCUGUCGAUGAUGCUGAGUUUGCUUUUGAUUUUGGAGAUGGUUCAGCACUUCUUCUAGUUAAAGGAACAGCUCAUCAAUUUGGAACCAGUGCCUCUGGACAACAUCAGUUUACACACGAAUGCAUGUGCUUCAUCAGAAUAACUGCUUUCAAUGUGUUCUACAAUGCAACAGUUGCUCUUGGGCCCUACUUUGUAGAUCUGAUCCCAGAAGGCCUUACCUUGACAAAGAAUGCCAGUGUCAUUCAUAAAAAUGAAGCCAUUUUAUUUACUGCAUCUGUGAUUAAAGGGUCCAAUGUCAAUUAUCACUGGGAAAUGGGAGACCAGACUACAUACAUCAAUGCAGUAUUGUCCUUUUCUGAUGAGAUGCUGGAAAUAUGGUUAACCGCACUUCAAUCUGGUGAUAUAUCAAUCAUGUCUGCUUUCAUAUUUGAAUGGAACUACAUCUUAUCUUAA